AUGACGUCAGCCUGGACGCCGCUCUGCGUCAGGCUCCGCCCCUCCCGCCUGCCGUUGGCCCCGCCCCUCGGACGUCGCCUCCACGUCGGCCAGCGCGCCUCCUUGACAAAGGCGUUCUCUAAGCGCGACGUGGAGCUGUUCGCCGAGCUAACGGGCGACAGCAACCCGCUGCACGUCGACCCGGCCUACGCCAAAACCACGUCCUUCGAGGCGCCCAUCGUCCACGGCGUCCUUAUCACCGGCCUGAUGUCGGCGGUGCUCGGCACCCGGAUGCCCGGCCCCGGCAGCGUCUUCCUGUACCAGGAGAUCCGCUUCCUGGCGCCCCUCUUCGUCGGCGAGGAGGUUCUGGCCGAGGCGGAAGUGCGUAAAAUCAAGAUGUCGUUCGCCUUCAUCGCGGUGACGUGCUCCGCCAAGGACAAGGUGGUGAUGGAGGGGGAGGUGAUGGUGAUGAUGUCCAAGAAGCAGCAGGAGGAGUGAUGAAGAUGGUGGCGGUUCAAUCCGGUUCCCUGACUAGUUUAAGUGUUCUGUACGGAGGCCCCUGAGGGACAUGGGGGAAAGUUUUUUCAUUUGCGUUUAAAUUAGCAGUUUAAUAAGUUAAUUUAAAAGUUCAAAGGCCUUUAAUGAGCCUCAGUAAAAAACUUGUCAUCCAUUCUUUACUCUUUGGUGUGAAAAACUUAUUGAAAAUCAAAUGUAUUAGUUGCGUUUUCAUGUUUGUACAUUGAGAUGGGAAACAGCACUUUAUUAAUAAACCAUGAAAAUAACUCAAAAAUACUCCAAAUAGUUGGUAUUUUUUCAAAACUUUACAGGAAAGAUAUAAAACUUCAGAUUUCACACUAACAGUUGAUGGAAAACCUUACAACAGACUGGAACGUUACUGCUCGAGAACGCAAAGAGAAAAACCUCCAUGUCCCCUCGAGGCUUCCGUAGAUUAGAGAUGAUAACGUGUUUGUUGGGUUUUCUGUGUUAAUGCACUCAGUUUCAUUCAAUAAAAAAAGCAAUAUUUUAAAUUAAA